AUCAGGAAGUCAGAUCUGACAGCAGAGGCAGAGAUGGCAGCAUCCAGCUCACAGUCCGAGCUUAUCCUGGUGGUUCUGGGCCCGGAUAAGGCAGAGGAGAGAGGUGCAAUCCGCUCCACCCUGGGCCUGGAAGACAACCAACAGGGCACAGAUGUUCAGGACUGCAGCAAACAUAGAGGGACAGCUGCAGGCAGGCGGGUCGAGGUGGUCUCCAGUCCAGCUUGGUACGGCUCAGCCUGCAGCCCAGAGGAACGGACAACGCAUAUUUCAUCCUUCAUCGCUUUAUCCAGCCCUGGACCACAUGCCUUCCUGCUCUGUGUCCCUGUGAACGGGCGUGCUCACGAUGAAUCCAAGGCGCUCGAUGCCCUCGCUAAGCUGUUUGGCCCUGAUGCAGUCAGCAAAAACACCAUUGUUCUCUUCACCCACACUGAGGAGCUGGGAGAGGAUGAGACACUGGAGCAGUACAUCAUCACAUGGCGGAAAGACCUCCAGGAGCUGGUGGGGAGGUGUGGCGAUCGUUACCAUACCCUGGAGAGCUGCAAGGCUGGCGGAGAAGAAGGAAAAGCUGUGGAGGAGCUGCUGGAGAAGGUGGAGCAGGCGGUGAAGGAGAGUGGAAGCAAGCACCUCAGCUGCCCUCUCUACCAGGAGGCUGAGGGCAGGGUGAGGCAGCGGCAGAUGGAGAUCAUAAGGCAGAGGAGGGAGGAAGAGCCCUCUGACUCCCAGCCAGAAGUGACUGAAGAAGAAAUGGAUGCAGUCAGGGAGGAGGCAGAGAAGAGCGUUGGGGAUCUGGAUUUGGAUCUAGGUGGUAUUUUCCCCUCCGGUAAACAGGUCUCUUCUUCCUCGGCUUCUCCAUCAUGGCUGGGGGGUUUAUGGGAGAAGCUGGUGGGCUGGUUCCGGUGGCUGCCCUCCCUCGUUAGAAUCGAGGCUCUGUUCGGGGCCCUUGUGGGGCUAUUUGUUGGAGGGCCAAUGGGGGGCACGGUUGGGGCCACCGUAGGGUCUGUGGCUACGGAAGUGAACAGAAGGAAAACAGAAAAAAAAAACUAAAUGACAAAUAUUUGCACCUUUAUAUCUCUGUGUCACUGGGAAAAAAACGUUAAAAGAUUCAGUUUUACUGUGUUGCUUGACAGUAUUUCUGCAUAAAUAUGACCUAAAAUGUGUUUUCACAUCAGAUAAUACCUGGAAGAGGUAGAUCACUGUAAUCAUAGAGGAAGCACAGUGGAGGAAGUGUCAGGAUUUGGACAGGAUCCAUCAUUUGAUGAAGCAACAUUUUUGGGAUUAUAUAUUAAUUAAUGUAGGAAAAUAUCUAGGAACAAUUCAUUUGAAAAUUUUUAAUGCUAAAAGGAGAGCAAAUUGGUGGGAGAGCAAAUUUUCCAAGUAGUUGAUCAAGCCGCUGAUAAAAAAAAAUAAAAAGAAUUAUCCCGGAUAUGUUUUUUUACUAUUUGAUAUAUAAAUGAAUAAUAUUAAUUUGAAAAAUUUCAAAUUAUUUGUAACAAUAGGAAUGUAUAAGCUUCUUAAAAAGCCUUAUUCAUCAUACUUGUUGUUUUCUGUAAUGAAAGUGAGGAUAAAGAAUGCAAUUAAAUCGGAAGCUUUUAUUUUGCAGUAAAUCUGUUGCUGGUCACACUCAGAACCCCACAAACACGAACAUGACUUUAAGAGAUAAUACAAACUCCUCAAAUCAAACACUACUGCUGUACCACCAAAGGGAAAAGUCAUAACCCCAACUAGGGAAACACUGAUAUGAACCUCUGGGCGGAUUCUGAUUUCAAAGACCUCUUAUGGCUGAUAACUGGUAUCUACUGAUGUCAUGUAUUACAUAUUUCCCUUUUAGACUUUAGUCGGAAAGGACCAAUUGUUGACUUUGCUUCUGUACUUCAUUUUUAAAACCUACGUGUCACUUGACCAAAAAGAUACCACAUGAUCAAUUCUCCUGAAACAAAUAAACUGCAACCUCAUGGAAAUAAUUGUGAAAAAAUGUCCUUGAAGUUUUACUUCUAGGGCGGAUAAGUAAAAUGAUGAGCUGUACUAAAAGCUAUACAAAAAUCCAUAUAAAUAGUUUGCAUUCAAGCUCAAAAACCUUUUGUCUAGAACUCCUUAAGUGUCAUUUUAGUUUGAAUUGGUUUAAAUUCUGUAUAAAAUCUUUUUAAAGGCACCUUUUGCCUUCCAAUGAUUCAUAGAUUAAUAAAAAAAAAAUAAUCGACAGAUUAUUCUGUUAGCAAAAUAAUCACUAUUUGCUGCCCUACUUUGGAUUUGCUUUGGUAACUUUGUGAUUAUUCACUUCUUUGGGUUUAAGUGUGUGACUGUAAUGUAAGAUGUGGAAGAGCUGAAGGGGUCUGAAAUCUCCAAGUCUCUGUAAAACUGGCUCAUUGUCCCUAAACAAUAAGUGAACCAAGUAUAAUCAUUUUGUCUUAUUAUAACUGGUAUAUUUUUAUUUUUAUUUAAACUUAAAUAUCUCAGCAUUUUGGGUCAUAUUUACAAAGGAAUAUCCAACUUUUAAAAGUCUAUUUAUCCAAACAUGCACUACAAUUUCUUCAAUCACUGCUAAAUGACCAAAAACGUAAUUAAUCUGUUGUUUUCUUCCUCUGCAGCUUAGUGCUGAACCAUAUAAACAAGAUUAUUAGCUUUAAUCUUUUCGGCUGGGAUUUGUUUGAAAUGCCUUAAUUUUUUUAAGCUUUCCUGUGCAGUGUCCUUCUUCUUUAAUAAAUGUAGUUAUCCAAUCUCCGAUAAAUCUGGAGAAAAGCUUUUUUUUUCUUUAAAAGAACAAGUUCUGUGUUUUCCUGAUAUGAUCCAAACGCUCCAACAUGUAAACACUGGCUUUACUUCUCUAAUGACUAUCACAUCAUGUGACAUUAAAAAAAAGUGCAUACUAAAGGGAAAAAGUGCUCUCCUCUUGCAUUCUUCUCAUUGA